AGAUAUGGGAAAGCAGAGCCAUCAAAAGGAGUGAUGAUCAGCAAUCUCAUGGUAAAGCCGGGUGUUAGUUCUCAUGUCUCAGAACAUCCUGCUGGGAACUGCUUCACCAGCUCCUGGGAUCAGACUGUGCAUCUGCUUACUCCCCCUCUUUGCCUGAACUACUAAAGCCAGCUAACUGCGAAUGGCUACCCAAAGGAAACACUUGGUGAAAGAUUUUAAUCCUUACAUUACCUGCUACAUUUGUAAAGGAUAUCUGAUCAAGCCAACUACUGUGACGGAAUGUCUUCAUACCUUCUGUAAGACUUGUAUUGUUCAGCACUUUGAAGAUAGUAAUGAUUGUCCCAGGUGUGGAAACCAAGUUCAUGAGACAAAUCCUUUAGAAAUGCUGAGGUUGGAUAAUACAUUGGAGGAAAUUAUAUUUAAGCUCGUUCCUGGAUUACGAGAGCAAGAACUUGAGCGUGAAUCUGAGUUUUGGAAGAAAAAUAAACCUCAAGAAAAUGGACAAGAUGAUACUUCGAAAGUUGACAAACCUAAAGCAGAUGAAGAAGGUGAUGAAAACCAGGAUGAUAAAGACUAUCAUAGAAGUGACCCACAAAUUGCUAUCUGCCUAGAUUGUUUACGAAAUAAUGGGCAAUCAGGAGACAAUGUAGUCAAGGGCCUAAUGAAGAAAUUCAUUCGAUGUUCUACACGUGUAACUGUGGGAACUAUUAAAAAAUUUCUAAGUUUAAAACUAAAACUUCCAAGUUCUUAUGAGUUGGAUGUACUAUGCAACGGUGAAAUUAUGGGAAAAGAUCAUACUAUGGAAUUCAUCUAUAUGACAAGAUGGCGACUAAGAGGAGAAAACUUUCGGUGUCUGAACUGCUCAGCUUCGCAAGUCUGCUCUCAGGAUGGCCCUUUGUAUCAGUCAUACCCUAUGGUAUUGCAGUAUCGACCAAGAAUUGAUUUCGGUUAGACCAAGGGGCCUAGAUUUCACUGCAAUGAAUCCUGCACUAUUUGUUUACUCGUCGACAGAUUGCACAGUGAAUGGUGUGUGGACUAGAGGGACACAAUCAGAUUUUCAGCAUGCAAAUAAGGCCAUUGUCUGUCUCUAAAUUGUCAGUUGCAUUCAUGUUGUUUCUAUUAAGAGCAAACCAGUGCCACACUGCUCCUGCACCAUCUGCAUAAGGCAUUCGUACUGUCUCAUGGUGUGCAAGUCCUCGUUGGAAUCCCGGUGCACAGCCGUGAUGGGGCCUUUUGAAUAUUUUGCUUGCCUGUUCCAAGACUGUCCUAUUGUUUAAUUACACUAGUAAUGUGGCUCAGUCUUUGUGGUGUUGCAGUUUUCACAUACUUACUAUUUUAUUCUUGAUUAAAUAGAGUACUGUACAAGAAUCUGAAAAUUAUAUCUGAAGUUAUUUUGUAUGGAAAUAUAUUUAGAAAAGUGGUUUCUGAGCCACUCUUAUUCUUGCUACGCUUUUUGUGUAAAAAAAAAAAAA